GUCUGUUUUGUUUUUGUAUGAGUAGAACCGGACAUAAUUUAUCUGCAAAUCUAAAAACAUUGACUCUGAAAGCUUAAACUGGCGAGUUUUAAGCUGAACCCUACAGCUGUUCGGGGAACAGCCUUUGGGGAACUAUACAUUUGAAAUCGUGGCCGUUGUCAAAUACAGUAAAAUCUCAAAAACGAUCGUCAUCUCACUUUCAAAAAUACUUGAGCACAGGACGUGUACGUGAGGUACGUGAAGGCAUCACGGGGCAGGGUUCUCCUUCUACGUCAACGACGCUGGGCGGUUCAUGAAUGGGGCUCUGAAGUGGGAGGGCCCGUCAUCUGACUUUAGCAGGCAGGAGGAAAAAAGUGGGUGUUGUGCUUUGCUGUGAAGCUCCUUCAUGACUGUUUUUAAACAGCUGAGCAACGAGCGGUUGUCUGUGUUUGCGGAUUGUAGCGGAGGGAUCUUCACCCAACAGGGCCAGCAUCCUUUGGCUGAGACGUACAGGUCAGCGGCCACAAGCAGCAGCGGAACCAGAGGGAGGCUGAGUCGUGUCGUUGAGCCAUGGGGUUCCGCAAGAAGAACAAGAGUCCGCCGGUUCUGAGCCACGAGUUUGUUAUCCAGAAUCACGCCGACAUGGUUUCCUGUUUGGCCAUGAUCAUCCUCCUCGGCCUAAUGUUUGAGGUCACGGCAAAGUUUGCCAUCAUGUUCAUCACAGUCCAGUACAAUGUAACUCAAGUUCCUGAUGAGAAAAGCGAGCCAGUUAACCUUUACCAGUAUGGCCCUAAAGAUGUGGCCACAGUGUUUUUCUACUUGCUCAUAGCGGUCAUCCUUCACGCAUUGAUUCAAGAAUAUAUUCUCGAUAAAAUUAACCGGAGGUUGCAUCUGUCGAAAACCAAACACAGCAAGUUUAAUGAGUCUGGCCAGCUGGCAGCGUUCUACCUGUUCUCCUUUAUCUGGGGCUGCAGCAUCCUAACAGCGGAGGAGUUUGCAACAAAUCCCACUUUCUUAUGGGAGGGGUACCCACACACUAACAUGGUUUUUCAGGUCAAAUUCUUCUACAUUUGCCAAAUUGCCUAUUGGCUCCAUGCACUUCCUGAACUGUACUUUCAAAAAGUACGAAAGGAAGACAUCCCCCGCCAGCUUUAUUACAUUUGCCUUUAUGUUGUCCACAUCACUGGUGCCUAUAUCUUAAACCUCCACCGACUCGGCCUCGUGCUUCUGGUCCCUCACUACCUGGUCGAACUUUUGUUCCACGCUUCACGCCUCUUCUACUUCAGUGACGAGAACAAGCAAAAAGGCUUCACUUUGUGGGCGCUGCUUUUCGUUAUUGCCCGCCUCCUCACCCUCACGCUCUCAGUGCUGACAUUUGGUUUUGGCCUGCCCCGUACGGAAAAUCAGGGUUUUUCCUUGGGAAACGGCAACUUUAAUGUCCUCACCAUAAGGAUGACCUGUCUAGCAGCCAUCUGUCUGACGCAGGCUUGGAUGAUGUGGAAGUUCAUUAAUUUCCAGUUAAAAAAAUGGAGAGAGCACAGCCAGAACCAAGCUUCAAAGAAGAAGACUGUGAGCCCGAAGAGCAAGCCUCAUAAAAGAGAAACUACAAGGGGAGGAGCUGCCAAUGGGGUGGUCAAGUCUGAGGAUAAAAUGUCACCACGAGCAAGAAAAUCCAAAGCUUCCUAAAGCUGGACGAGUGAGAAAAUAAUUUCUGACAAUAUGACACUACAGGUGGUUUGGGGCUGCAGGAGUUUUUUCAUAGUUCUAAUAACAGUUUCAGGUGGAUUCCUUUAUUUGUUUGCCUUUGCGCUGUAGGAACCGUGACCUGUUUGCAGUUAUGAGAGCUGUCUUUAUUGGGUGUUUUUAAGAUCCUGCAUCAGAAUAUGAGCUUUCUUUGUGCGAUAGAAACCCCUGAGCCGCAUGCAGGGAUGUGAGUGGCCCAGUUACAAAUGGAUUGGUGGAGCAAGAUGGUCACUUGGCCAUUGUCUCUCAGAUUUUAAGAACACAUUCAGACUGUACACUACAGCUUAAUGUGUUUAUGGAAAAGAUUUAAUAACAUUCAUCAAAAUGAAACAAAACACAGAAGUGAAGACCAUGCCUACCUGAGUCUAUAAAAGGAUUGUUUGCACAAUUCUUACAGAAAAUGUAAAUUUAGAAAAUUAAAAUCCAAAUACUCAAAGUAUUAAAAGAGUAACAAGGGGUCAAAUUUAUUUUUAAAGUAGCUCCUUUUAGAGGGAACUCACAGUGGACUGUUGAAUCUCAUUUCCUAGGGUUGUCCCAACCCCUAACCCUAUCUGUUGGCACCUAAGUCAGGUAGGGGUAAAAUAUCACAGAGAGAGAGGACAUUCUGUCAAAAAAAAGUGCUAUUCUAUCAGUUCUGUCUUUACAUUGUUUAUUUUCCACAUUUGUUGUGUAAACAGUUAUCAAUCCUGCAGCAUACAUUAUUUUUAUGUUAAAGAAGAACUAAGCUUAUCAAUUGUUCGCUAAUGAGAAAAUAAUCUACUUUAAUUUAUUUUAAAGAUUUAGCUUUUCAAUGAUUUAUUGUUAAUAUAACAAAACUAUUUAGCAUAAAUAACUGUUUAUUGUUAACAGACUUUAAGGAUACCAAUCUUUUAAAACAAAAAAUAGCACUUUAUAAAAUUAUACAAUUAUGUAAUUACUGAGUCUAAUAUUUAUCAGUCACUAAAUGUUUUUAUCGGUCUGGUGUGACGGCGACCUACGUUCCCAGGGAAUGUUUGAUAUCUUUAACUUUAAAAGACUAGAGUUUUGAUAUAGUCGAGGAAACUAUUUAUUCAACCUGUUAAGUUUUAUGAGUUCUUAGAUCCUUAUCUGAUUUUUGACUAACUCUCAAAUACAACCAUAUGAAGUUGGGUUGUAUUCGUAAAUAAAACCAGAAUACAAUGAUUUGCAAAUGCUGCAUGCAAUUGAAUGCAAGAUAGUUACUGUUCAAACUGAUAAGUGAGUGAACCUCAUAGCAUCCUUGCUUGUGAAUGACUUUUAUACUUAAUCAUGACACUCACCUGUUUCCAGUUAACUUGUUCACCUGUGGAAUGUCUCAAACUGGUGUUUUUUGAGCAUUCCUCAACUUUCCCAGUCUUUUGUUGUUCCUGUCUCAGCUUUUUUGGAACAUGCUGCAAGUAUCAAAUUUAAAAUGAGUAAAGAUGUGCUAAAAAACAAUAGCUUAUCAGUUAGAACAUUAAAUAUUUUGUCUUUGUAGUAAAUUCAUUUGAACAGGGUUUGAAAAUCAUUGUAUUUUUUAUUUUUUUUUAUGUUUUACACAAAGUCCAAACUUCAUUGUAAUUAGGCUUGUACUAGGGACAAGAGGGGAGAAGAAAAAAUGGGGUUCAGUUCUGUCUCACUGGAAAUCUGUCAACCUUUACUUUGACAGUGGCUUUGUGUGCCAGUAACAUGGGGGUACAAAACCUUUGUAGUACAUGUCAAUUGUCCCAAAUAGGUACAUAUGAUUCAGGCAAAGAAAUCUCUCUUCAGUAUGGAGGGGACAAUAAGCUGGCAGAGCUUGCAAACUGGAAUGUCCAAAACAAUCUGACUAGUCAAGUAUGUUGUUCUCAUAAUUGUGACAUGUCUUUUUAAAGUUUUGAACUCUGAUUAUGUGUCCUUAGCUUGCCAAGCAGAAAAGUGUCUUUUCCUCUCGAAGGUCCCACUCAUGUCAGUGACAUAAAAUCAGUCACUUAAUGACGCCAUACCGUUUACGUUUCAGGCAACUUUACCAAACAGGAGACAUGUUUUUCACACAGGGCCUUAGACAAAUCCUCUAAUUUCCAUGACCCAUCAAAAUAAUAGGAUCAACAACAUAUUCAAGCAUAAAAACAACCCAUCAUUGUAAUAAUAAUCUGGCACAAUGAUUUAGAGAGAUGUAGGAUUAAGGGCUGAGAAUGAAGGGCAAAUAAAAUAGGAUUCAGCCUAUGAUACAGACAAUACGUCAGUUCAAACCCGCCUUUGUUGGUUUUAAAUCUUCUCAAAGGUUCUCCGGCAGAAGACUUAAUCGCACCUAAAAAAAAAAAAAAAAAAAAAGCUGGGUUUUCCCAAAACUUCAAAAGUACAAAUGGUAAAUGGUAAUUGGCCUGCACUUGUAUAGCACUGUAUCAAGUCCCCAGAGAUCCCAAAGGGUUUUACACUUUAAUCAGUCCUCCACCCUUUCAUACACUGACAGUGGCAAGCUGCAUUGUAGCCACAGCUGCUGUUUGGCGGACUGACAGAAGUGAGACUACCAUACAGUCGGCACCACCGAGCCAUCUGACCACCAUCAGCAGGCAAGGCGAGUGAAGUGUGUUGCCCAAGGACACAACGACUGAGACGGGUUCAAACUGGCAACCCACCAGUUACCGAACAAACCCCUGCUACUACCGCCACCAUUGACAUAAAAUAAAGAAGGGAUUAAAUUACCAGCAACUUCUAAAAUAGAUCUUAUUUCCAACUGCGCAUAAAUUAUUUAGCUCAACACACACCUGUUGUUGCGUCUUUAUUUUGGUGAAUGUUGCAAGCAUAACUUACAUUGCCACAGUGAUCAUCUGGAAACUGCUAUGCAAUCUCAGUGUUUCUCUAGCAGUGUGAACGCAAGCAAAAAAAGUCAUAAUACCUCUUACGGCUUCACUGUAUGGGAAGUUCCAAUAACUAUAAGCCCCUCAAGAGCUCUUGGAACAGUUUGGUCAAAAAAAACUUUCUUUGUAGUAUAUAAAAAUGGAUCUGCUGCUCUGUCCAGGAAAAAGGAAAAGUUUAAGCGCUCUAAGAAACCUUUUAUAUAAAUGCCCAUUUGGGGUUAAAAACCCUGUUUCUGAAAAUGUUCAGUGUUACUGUGAGCUGUGUUCAUUGUUCAUUCGGGUUUGCUGCUGAGGGUAUGUUGACCGGGCACUGCUGGUUUUGAUGCUUUAACAGGAUGGAUUUAGCUCUUUGAAGUGUCCUUUUUGUGUAAAACAGCGAUCACUUAUUGGAGUACUUUGAAAACAGAGUAUCUCUUCAGUAAUUUCACAUGGAAUCAGUUCAUAACUCCUUACAAAGCCAAAACUUGACUUCAGGGGAAUAUAAAUUGUUCAGUGUACAGGUUAACAGCACAGGGUGUCAUUUUAAGUUUUAGCCUCGUUGUUAGGCAUUCUGCUGUUUUUCAGGAAACGAUGCUAAAUGAAAUACCAGAGACAAAUAUUUGAACAGCAAGAGCUGUGCUGAACUCUGAGAACAUUUACUGCCAUUAUCUGACAGCCUCCGCCGUUGAAGUCCGAAAUGUUUCAGGAUUGAGGCAGUUUAAUAUUUCUAUCACAACUCUGGUAUUCAAACCUGGAUUGGGGGCUUGUCCGGGAUGGGAGACUCACCAAGAGUAAGCUGUAAUCUAACUUGUGAUCCUGUACUGUUUGUAUACAGUUAUAUCUUUAUAUAGGCAUGAUGGAAAUCCCGUUUGCUGAGGAUGCAUUUUGGUCUUUUCUAUGGCAAUGCAUGAUGGUUGGAGGCUAACGGCUUUUACGGCUAGGUCCAACUUGUGCGUUGAGUUUGCAUCUCUUACACACUACUACACACACAAGCAUUAAGUGGCCUUUUUUAACUACUGCUGCAAGAUAUUUCAGUUAUUAUUUUUGUCAUAAACAGCAGAUUAUUAUUUCAUAUGCUUUUAAAAGCUAUAACCAGCAAACACAGUGAUACAUAGCAACUGCAUUUACUCAGUCCUAACAAAACAAUCUUUCUUCAAGUGUCCUUACAAUGCUGAGGGUUUUAAAUCAUUCCUUCUGUUUGUGUUCUGUUUGCAUUUUUGGAACCCUUUGCUAUCAGGGGACCAAGCUAUUUGCCGCUCACACCAUAACUAACGUCCCAUGGUUCAAUGGGAGGUGUGUUUGUGAGGGACUGUUUUUUUUUGUGAGCGUGUGAACUUGUUCUUGUGCGUGUAUAGUGUUGUUUAGCACGUAAAUUAUAAAUAGGGAUGAUGGUUUAUUGCUCGUCUUGUUUAGAAAAAAAAAAGAUGCCUGUGUGCGGAGCAUGGAAAAGUGACAACCUGUUCAAUGACUCCUGCGUGUUGUUGGUUUUUUUUUCACCGCCUGUAUGACUGUUGUUAUCUUUUAUCCUUUAUGGUAGGACCUGCCUAAGGUUCCUAAAUGCUUCUGUGUGUAAAAACACUGAAUUGUAGAUAGUUGUUUGUUUUUUUCAGUUGGUGUGAUACUAAACGCUUCUGUGUUUAAUGUCUCUGCACUGCCACUUGGGGCAGGCUCUUGUCUCCCUGCCUCACCUUUUCAAUGAUCCUGGCAUUGCUUAUGCACUCUUUACAAUGAUGGAUAAAGUUUCUAAAAUGGAACCGCUGUGCACGAGAUGUCCCUUCCCAAAAGAGUCUGUGCUACCUGUGUGCUGCCAGUAAUAUAACAGACUAGGGACUGUUAUAUGAGGUUGAUAUGAGAUCAAUUGGUUAUGAUAACCUUGACAAAAAAUUCAAAACAAAUCAACACACAAAUUCAACACAAAAAUGUUAAACAUGCUCUAAAUGUUUUUAUUUAAAAAAUAAAAGCAACAAUUAUUCCUUCUACUGCUCAAGUAAUGUCAUGUUAUAGUUAUUAUUAGUGAUGUCCCAAUCUGAUACGAGUUACCUGUUCAUAGUACCCAAUGAUGGAGUUUUCAUUAUGGAGUCCCUGAUAAAACAUACAUCCUGAUAUCUAUUGUUGAUCUACUAUCUGCAGUUACACACUGUGCAUUUUGCAUGGCCAAUUUUGAAAACAAUGGCCUAUUGUCUUUCACAAGGCUUGCAGAACUAUGCUAGUUUGCAUGCAGUUAUUUGUCAAUUUAAUCUUGGAUUUCUGUUGAGCUUUGAAGCCUUUUUGACCCUUUUACAAUGGCGUUUGCAGUGAGACAGAAAUGCGGCAGCAGCUCCCUGUCAUAUGACUUGCUCUGCCUGCUCCAUUUUGGUUGAUUUAGCACAGCUCAGACACUAGGCAUUGCAUUUUACUACUUCAAAACCAAAAGGGCCAAGUCUCUGAAACAGAACAAGUUUUGUCUUCAAACAAUUAGGUGGAACUGCAUUAAAAUGUUGAGGGAAAUAAUUUCAAAACGGAGAGUCAAGAUGCAAGUAGCUUAGCUAACUACGCCAGAUCAAAACAGUGCGUCAGUAGGAGGAAGAAGUGAGUAAAUUGAAGAUUGUGUUAUUUGUUGAGGUUUUUUGUUUAAAGGAAAAUCAUUUAUUUACAGUCAAGUGAAAUAUUAAUCAUAUAGUGAAAUUCAAAUAAAAGUCUAUUUUAAAAUGCACAGAAACAGAUUUAUUGUAAUUUUAAACAGCGUCUAUUGGCUAUUUUCUUAACUUGUCCCGUCUUCCCACAUGACUAAAAUUAGAUCUGAUUGGAUCUUGUUUCCCUACAGUAUUUUAGAAUGUGAUUAAACAAUUUUUGUCAACAAAAUUACCAGCGAUCAGGACAUCCCUAAUUAUUAGUGAUAUUAUUGUCUUAAGUGCUUUUUGCACAGAAUAUCACACCUUUAACAAGGAGAGUAUAAAAAGCUGUUUAAUUGGUCAGGCCAUCUGCUCAAGUAGCAAGCCAGCUGUAGUUUCUCCAUCCUUACCUGGAAAUAUUUUUCAUCACAAAAAACCACAAACAACUGAGGAAACUGGACAGCACUAGGUGGGGCGGGGGAUACAAUAUGUUGUGCUGGAACAACCACUGAAAACUCCAGUGACUCCAGACUUUCCUUUGGCAUCUUAAUGGAAGGACUUUAAAUUAGAGCAACGGUAUAACAUGUUUUGAAAGCUUGACUUUUUAAAAUCUUGGUAUAGUUAGAUAACUAAAAAAUGACAUACGAGGAAGGAGAUUAGGGUGCAAGUUUUAGCAAUUUGGGAUUUUGAUUGCCUUUCAGAGCAAUUUAUGUGGUAUUUGUAUGGCAUUGUCAAAGGAGAAAAGGAAGAGCAGUGGAGUAAUGUACCAGCCUCUUAUUAAACUGUUUCAGAAGCAAAAUAUAUAUAUCUAAAAAAAUAUACUCUGUACUAAUUUAAUUAUGUGUCAGAUUUUUAAACUAUUUUUAUAACGGGGAGAAAACUCUUCAAAUUGACUGUUGUUCAGUAUACAUGUGAAUAUUUGUUUUGCAUCCAUGCUAUGAGUUGUUUUGAUUUUAUUUUUUUUUUUAAAUAGUAGAAUGAAGCUUGCUGAGUUACGUGUACACACAUUGUGGUAUGUGUGUAAACCUUAUCUAACCUAUUGGUUUAUGUAAAAUCAUGGCCUUACUAGUGCAAGUUGUACUCUGUUGUAUCACACUAAGCUGCAGAUGUACAUUGCAGCUUUCACAGCUACACAAUUUUUAUAGUCCCAAUGAUGCUUAGAGAUUUUUAUUGUUUGUUUGAAGCAGGAAUUCAGUAUGUGGAUUUUUCCAUGUGAAAAAUGUAAAAUUGCCUUCACACUUUGACACAAAACAUCAAGUUUAAUCUAACAAUGAUCCUCCUGUAUUUUGUUUUCCUUUUUGCAUUGUAUGCAUUAUGCACCAUAACACUGCUCACUUUAUUUAGUGAAACAUUAAUUUUACUGCAUUUUUAUCAGUGUUUAAAAACUAAAAGAGAAAAUAAAUGUAUGAGGAGCCUCUAGGUGGCAACAGUUCUUAAGUAUUGGAUAUUAAAAAAGAGCACUUGCAUUAAAGAGGCACGUUUAUUGUAUUUUCUAAACCGUAUUUAAAUGUCCCUGGUUUUAUUUUGCAGCAUCUUUAUAAUUCUUUGUAUACUUUCCUUUAAACUAUGUCACUUCUGAUCUUCUUUGAAAGUAUAUAUAUAGAUAGAUAAAAAUAUAUAUUUAUGCAAAUUGUUGCUCGUUUGUUCAUUUUACUUUGUCACUUUUUUAUUUUGUGUUUUGAAUAAAGCUUUUGUUCAUUAUCCAAAACUUGAA